GGCAGGCUGACGUCACACAGGGUUGGCCUUGUCGUUUAUUAGACAGAGGAGUCAAAGUGCCAGAGCUUCACACUGUAGCUCUGUCCAGAGGCAGAGGGGAUGUCCUACUGACUCGGCCCCAGCAGCAGCAGCUCUCUGACCCAACCAGACAAAACACUGAGUGACAACAGUGUGCUUCACCUCACCUCCAACCAGACGACUUUGUUUUUUAACUUUUUGAAACUUUGACGCGCCGCCUCCACGUCCGCGUGAAGUUUUGAAUGAGCCGGGUAACGCGCGCGCCCUCACCCUCCACUUCGUUCUCCUCUUCCUUCUGACCUGUGACGUCGGGACAAAGUUCGUCUGUCCCGUUAAGACUCGUGAUGGCUGCGCUGUCACUCGCGCUGCUGCUCGUGGGACUCGUCGUCCGGACUUCAGCUGACAAGGCUGGUGAAGCUGACCGAGAGGACCAGUGGAGGAGCCGCCUGAAGGAGUACGGCCUGGUCACUCCCUUCAGCACCGACUCCCACGGACACUACCUGUCACACCUGCUGUCGGCCUCUCACAAGCAGCGUGUCAAGAGGGAGGCGUUUCCCUCCGCUGAACCCGAACAGAAACUUUUCUUCAACAUCACCGCCUUCGGGAAGGAGUUCCACCUCCGCCUGCGCCCCAACAACCGGCUGGUGGCCCCCGGCGCGAUGGUGGAGUGGCACGACCACACUCAAGCAACCGGGAAUAUCAGCGCAGGUGACGGUGCCAACAACACCGACGCCAGCAGCGGGACGGAGAGGAUACUGCGACGCGAGCUGCUGAAGACGGACUGCACCUUUAUUGGAGACAUCUCAGACGUUCCCGGAGCCUCGGUUGCCAUUAACAACUGCGACGGACUGGCUGGGAUGAUCCGCACCGACUCCGAUGAGUACUUCAUCGAGCCUCUGGAGAGAGGAACUCAGGAGCUGGAGGACCGAGGCAGGGUCCACGUGGUUUACCGCAGAUCGGCCGUGCUGCAGGGGCCCUCGGACAUUUCUCUGGACUACCAGCUGCAAGAACCACAGCUGGAUGUACCCGGGACGCUCGACUCUGUGGCCCAGCAGGUCAACGCCACCAUCAGCCGCCGCCGCCGCCGCCGAGACGCCGGAGAGGACGACUACAACAUCGAAAUCCUGCUGGGGGUCGACGACUCGGUGGUUCGAUUCCACGGCAAGGAGCAUGUGCAGAACUACCUGCUCACCCUCAUGAACAUAGUGAACGAGAUUUACCACGACGAGUCGCUGGGCGUCCACAUCAACGUGGUCCUGGUGAGGAUGAUCAUGCUGGGCUACGCCAAGUCCAUCAGCCUCAUUGAAAGAGGCAACCCAUCCCGGAGCCUGGAGAACGUGUGCCGCUGGGCGUUUGUGCAGCAGAAAGGCGACUCUGAUCACGCCGAACACCACGACCACGCAAUUUUCCUCACUCGCCAAGGCUUCGGCCCCACGGGGAUGCAGGGUUACGCUCCAGUCACUGGAAUGUGCCACCCUGUCCGGAGCUGCACCCUCAACCACGAAGACGGCUUCUCCUCUGCCUUCGUCGUGGCUCACGAGACGGGACAUGUGUUGGGCAUGGAGCACGACGGCCAAGGAAACCGCUGCGGGGAUGAAACCACGAUGGGCAGCGUGAUGGCUCCACUGGUGCAGGCGGCCUUCCAUCGAUACCACUGGUCCAUGUGCAGCGGGCAGGAGCUGAAGCGAUACAUCCACACGUACGACUGUCUCCUGGACGACCCCUUCAAACACGACUGGCCACAACUCCCCGAACUCCCCGGCAUCAACUACUCGAUGGACGAGCAGUGUCGCUUCGACUUCGGAGUGGGCUACAAGAUCUGCACCUCGUUCCGCACAUUCGACCCGUGUAAACAGCUGUGGUGCAGUCACCCGGACAACCCGUACUUCUGCAAAACCAAGAAGGGCCCGCCGCUCGACGGGACGGAGUGCAACCCCGGGAAAUGGUGCUACAAAGGUCACUGCAUGUGGAAGAACCCGAAUCAGGUCAAGCAGGACGGGGCCUGGGUCUCCUGGAGCAAGUAUGGCUCCUGCUCGCGCUCCUGCGGCACCGGCGUUCGCUUCCGGACGCGUCUCUGCACCAACCCAGCGCCGUCCAACGGGGGCCAGGACUGUCCCGGGGUGAACUACGAGUAUCAGCUGUGCAACAGCGACGACUGCCCCAAGCACUUCGAGGACUUCCGGGCUCAGCAGUGCCAGCUCCGCAACUCCCACUUCGAGUUCCAGAGCGCCAAGCACCACUGGCUGCCCUACGAGCACCCGGACGCCAACAAGCGGUGCCACUUGUACUGUCAGUCCAAGGAGAGCUCGGACGUGGCGUACAUGAAGCAGCUGGUGCAUGAUGGGACACGCUGCUCCUACAAGGAUGCCUACAGUAUCUGUGUGCGUGGAGAAUGUGUGAAAGUCGGCUGCGACAGAGAAAUUGGCUCAAUCAAGGUCGAGGACAAAUGCGGCGUUUGUGGUGGAGACAACUCCCACUGCCGCACGGUCAAAGGAUCGUUCACCAGGACGCCGAAGAAAGCCGGCUACCUUAAGAUGUUUCUCAUUCCUCCUGGAGCUAGACAUGUGAUCAUCCAAGAAAGUGAGGCCUCCCCUCAAAUUCUUGCCAUCAAGAACCAGGCGACGGGGCACUACAUCCUCAACGGGAAAGGAGAGGAUGUGAAGUCCAGGAGCUUCAUCGACCUGGGGGUGGAGUGGCAUUACAUCAUCGAGGAGGACGUGGAGACCCUGCACACCGACGGACCUCUGCACGACCCCGUGGUGGUUCUGAUAAUACCGAGGGACAAUGAAACGCGCUCCACUCUAAUGUACAAGUACAUCAUCCACGAGGACUCGGUGCCUGUUAACACCAACAACGUGAUCCAGGAGGAGACGUACGAGUGGGCCCUGAAGAGCUGGUCUCCGUGCUCCAAGCCCUGUGCCGGAGGUUUUCAGUACACCAAGUACGGGUGUCGGAAGAAAGGCGACACCAAGAUGGUCCAUCGAGGCUACUGCGACGCCAACAAGAAGCCCAAGCCCAUCCGCAGGAUGUGUAACCUCCAGGACUGCACGCAGCCGCAGUGGAACUCAGACGACUGGGAGUAUUGUACCAAAACCUGCAGCAGCCUGGGUUUUCAGAUCCGGACCGUCCGCUGCGUGCAGCUGCUCCACGACAGCACCAACCGCUCAGUGCACAGCAAAUACUGCAGCGGCGAGAAGCCCGAGAGCCGGAGGCCGUGCAACCGGGUCCCGUGUCCGGCGCAGUGGAGGAGCGGCGCCUGGUCUGAGUGCUCCGUGACCUGUGGCGAGGGGAUGGAGAGGCGUCUGGUCACCUGCCGGAUCGGAGACCAGUGCAACGGAGAGAAGCCUGAGAACGUGAGAUCCUGCAGACCUGGACCCUGUCACGAUGAGCCGUGUAAUGGGGACAAGUCCAUCUUCUGCCAGAUGGAGGUCCUGGCACGCUACUGCUCGAUUCCGGGCUACAACAAGCUGUGCUGCGACUCCUGCAGCAGGCGCAGCGGAUCCCUGACCAUGUCGACAGAGACGGAGGAGCACGUCCGCUUCGGAUCGGCCUCCCAGCUGCUGGAGACGUUGACAGCGUCAGUCGCAGCCAACGCCACUCGCAGCGGGAAACAGGGCAAAGGAUCCGUCACGUCUGCUGCGAAACACACCACCACCCCUGCUCCGCUCAAGAAACCCCCGUCAAAGAUCACCACGGCGCUGAGACGGGCCCCGCGACACAUGGCCCUCACCGGCAGGAAGCUGGCCGCCAUGGCGCCCUCUCCCCUGGCAGAUCUCGGCGAGGGUCAAAGGUUGAGCAGCUCCACAGAUCGCCGGUGGCCAACAGCGUAUUCUGAAGUGGAGAGAUGAAAGUGACACCUUCCCCUCAGGACUCCUUAUGCACAGAAGAUCCUCCGGCUCCAUCCUGAGUCUUCUCAAGCCAAAAACACCACAGAGAAAAGUGCUGGUUCACUUUGUUAACAGUUUUCCAUUUCUGCCCCCGAACCCCUGAGCUCCCACAGGGUUCGAACCAAAGCUGGUGUGUCACUUCGCCCUCACGCUAAAUAUUUAGAUCAUUUCAGGUGAAGGGGCACGAGGACUGGAGGGAAUUUUCCGCUGUGUCAGAUGAAAAACUGAAGGAGAAAGCAGGGAAACAAAAUAACCAAAGGACAGUUUAAUAUUCACAAGACGCCUGAAUCUGCUACAAACUCUCUCACACGUUAUAUCAUAAUGAAAAUCUUAAUUCCGGUCAGACUCUCGACGAGUGAUGAAGAUUUCCUUCAUGACACCUUUUAAUGUCACUCUCUGAUUGGCCUCUUCUCUGGUCUUGUCGUUUUAUAAAUUGAAGCCCCCCCGGGUGUCGGUGCAGAUUCACUUUUUGGAAAAUGACUCGACCACAAAAAAGAAAAUCCAGGACAGAAAUAGACUCGGGAACCAGAGCGUGAAGUGUCGCACUUGUCUUCUUGUAAAAACGAAUCCCAACACAACAUUAAUUCUUACGUUCGACAGGUUCUUAAGCUAAAUCCCACAUUUAGAGCUUUUUAAUAACACCCUGCACACUUUGUCUAAAGUGAUGAAUUCCCUCUGUGGAUCACAACCCGGGAGACGAAGACAGGAUUUGCAUCGCUGUGAUUUCUCUUCUCAAAGAUCCAGAACAAAUCAUCUGAUACAGCUGAAAAUCCCCUUUCACUCUAAUGCAACAGCCAUUUUCUUGCCAAAAUACACAGAUCCAGUCGUUGCUGUGGUCGCUGCACAUCCAGAGUCAGACGUCAGAAUGCACCAGUGAAGACCAGUAGGACAAUGGCUUUAGUUGUAUAGUUGUUUUUAUAUCCAGCGAUGUCUGUUGAGUGGCACUCUUUAUGUUCUAUGGAAAUGGGUAUUUAUAAAGGUUCCUGUAAAUACUGUACAUGAAAAUAUCAGUAUUAUUUAAAAAAAAAAAAAGAAGCUAAGGAUACUUUCAAACACCCGUUUUUUUUUUUAAAUCAAGAAUAACAGAAAUUCUUCUGAAUGUUUCAGCAGCAAAACGAUGAAUGAAUCGAAUCUGCUGUUUGACUGAAUAUUUAAAACAUUUUGGGAAAUAUUCUCUUUAACUAACGAAGAGUCAGAGCAGAAGAUCGAAUCCACUCGUGUGGGCAAACUAAAUAUGAAGCUAAAGACUAGAUCAGCAUAAAGACGACGACUGAAGUUUGAUGCCUCUUGUUUUACUUAUUAGUAAAAAAACUCCAAAGAUUGUAGCUUCACAUUCAGAAUAUCAACAUGAGGGUUUCAGAACACGUGGAACUUUUCCUUUUCGAAGCUUCCGAUGAGCCUUCGCCUCGUUUCGACCGGAGGAGUUCGGUGCUUCAGUCGUCGACCUGCUUCUCGCUGAGAGGGUCUGAAGCUGUCGAGUUAAAGAAGGGAACUACGUUAGGGAACUGUUCUCAAUGCUAUAUGUUUCUUACAGUAGACUCUUGUUCAGCUGAGAAUUUACCCAUUCAUCUAACGUGUGCUUCUCUUUCACAUGAUGUGACCUGGAAACACACACACACACAUCCCUGAAAUGGGAUUUUCUACAGCGACACAUUCAAACACACAAUAAAGCUGCAUUAAGCCAUUUUUGACCACUAAGGAAACAGACCUGAAAGCAUCUGCUUGUUUCCUGCUCAGAGGAAACAAGCACUUCCCACUAUUUCACAUCUCUGUCAGAUACUUGUUUCACUUUUAGCUCCGGAGUUGGUCUCCACCAGCUGCUCGGAAGAAUCUGCGGCUUUUCAGCUGCUGGAUUUUUCCACCGUUUUUUUCACCAGUUACCUGUUCUAUGUUAUAAUAAUGUUAAAAGCCGUGUGGAUCUGCAGAGGUGGAUUGUUUAACUCCGGGGUUCAGACAUUUUCACAUCACACACCUAUUUAAAUAAUUUAUACAUCAAAAAUCUGCUUAAUGGAGCUUUGGGCCUGUUCCAGUCCUCAGGCUGAACAAGGCUCUGUUGUACGUUUUGUGUUUUCCGGGACAAGAAGCUGGACUUUCAAGACUUUUUACUGUAUGUGGAACGUUGUUUUUCUUCAAAGUAUUUACUGAAUGGCUUUUUUUAAUGGUGAAAGGUUCCGAAGAGAAAAGCUAUUUAUUUAAAGGAUUUCCUCACAACCACCAUGCAUCUGACUGCAAUAGCAAAACAAAACACAGAUUUGUGUUUUCAGAAAUAGUUUCGCAACUACUCACACUCACUCCUGUGUGCCAAUGUAUAGUACAUGUAUAUAGCAUUGAGUACAUGAAUAUUUAUUGAAAGUGAAAAGGUCCUGCUUUGUUUUUACAGCAUGUGAGGAACUGAUCAAUAAGCUGCAGCCGAUGAACCAUUGAAACCUGAUCGACUUGUUUUUCAUCCACACUUUCUCAUUUUAACUGGAUUUCUUUUUUUUUAAAUAAAACACGCGAUAGACUAGAUGACAUUGUUUUUUCUGCAAAGAAUUAGAUGUAAAUUUACAAGCUCAACGUUGAGAUGUUUUUGUCAGAAAGCUGUUUUCUCACAGCUGUUUCGUAGGAAGAAGUGAACGCAGCUGUCGCAUCGCAGCGACACGUACCGAGACGAGUGCUUUAUUAUAACCAGUAAAACAUAACUAGUGUAGAAGCAGUGAAGUUGUUUUUUAUGCUGUGUGUAGUUUUUCUAACCGUUGGACAUUUCCCCUCCCCAGUUUCACGUCCGUUACUCGCUGCCUCUGCAACGUGCCGACGUCGUAGAGCGCUUGUGCGGAGACGUAGGAUCGUUGUAGGUGUUUCAUUGACAAUCCCUGAGCCUCAGACAGAUAUUACUGCAUAGGAUUCUCCAUGUACUGUACCGAUACCCCCUGUACUGCCCAUGUAACCCGACUGUCACACACUCUCUGCUCUAUCUGCUUUUCCAUGUAUUUGUGUAGAUUGAAGUGUACACUACUGAUACUGUUUGUUGUAAUGGGGAGCACAUAGCAAUAAAAGAUAUGAUCAACUA